ACACUGACAUUCAGAGCGACCAGACCAAACUGAACCGAACACUGACAUUCUCGGGUCAGCGCCCUCUCUUCCUCGUUCUCCGGCCUCUGUAAUCUCGCAAACCUUGCAAGGAGAUGCUGCCUGUUUGCCGGCCGUCGGCGGUGUACCCCGUGGCCGUGGUCGCGCCGCCGCCGCAGGUAGGGCUAGCGGAUGCUCCCCCGCCCGAAGUGUGGACGAGGAUCCCGCAGGGGACGCCGGGGACGCUUGGCGGGGUCGGCCUCCGCCUCCUGCAGGCCCUCUUCGCGGCCGCCUCGAUCGCCGUCAUGGCGUCCACCGACAUCUUCCCCUUCUGCUCCGCCUUCAGGGCCUACAAGAUUAAUGGUUGGAUGUUUCUGAUUUUUGUGCUACCUCAUAGCAGCUACCAGUCUGCAAUGUUUGUGGAGCAUCGCCCUAGCCUUUGUGUAUAUCUAUGCACUUCUCGUCAAACGUUCCUUGAUAAAUCUCCGAGCUGUACGCAUAUUUUUCAUUGGAGACUGGAUCACAGGGACCGUAACCUUGAGUGCAGCAUGUGCAUCGGCAGGCAUCACUAUUCUCAUUGAUAAUGAUGUGAAGUACUGCGAAGCCCUUCCUUGUUUAAGGUUGAGGACUGCUGUUACAAUGGCUUUCAUCAGCUGGUGUGCACUUGUACCGUCCUUUCUCUUUAACUUCGCGUACACCACCACCGCAUUGGCAAGAUUGGGAAUGUGGGCAUAGUUUCAUGUGCAAAAUGGUAGUUGAAACUCCGCAUUUCAUCCUUCUGAGGAUGCAAUGCAGUAUGCUUCUUAUAUGAGGAUUGUGGUGACCUGGUGAUGAACUGUUUGGUUUACUCGUACAAAGCUCAUGGUGCUGACAUAUGAUAUACACUUGUUCUAUACUUCUAUUGUGCGGCUUUCAUAUAUGAUAUAAUUUUAUCAAUACUUCAGACUUA